CCUCAGGUGAGGGGGGCGGGGGUACACCUGUGGGGCAGGAACGGCGAGUUCACGCCCUGCUGGGUGUGGAUCCGGCUCGGGGCUGAGAGCUAGCCUCCAGGAGGGCCGCCUAGUGGGGUUGCGGGUGGGCCUGAUUGGCCUCUGUCCUCGGAGCAGGAUGCAGUGACGCCCCUGAGCGACCAUGGCAGCGGCGGAUGAGCUGGCCUUCCACGAGUUUGAGGAAGCCACCAAUCUGCUGGCUCAGACCCCAGAUGCGGCCACCACCAGAAGUGAUCAGCUGACCCCCCAGGGUCACGUGGCUGUGGUCAUGGACUCAGGUGGCAGCUAUGGAGCUGAGGACGAGGUGGAGAGUGACAAGGCCGCGCUCCUACAGGAGGAGAAGCAGCAGCCUGGUUUCUGGACCUUUGGCUACUACCAGAGCUUCUUUGACGUGGACACCUCACAGGUCCUGGACCGGAUCAAAGGCUCGCUGCUGCCGCGGCCCGGCCACAACUUUGUACGACACCAUCUGCGGAAUCGGCCAGACCUGUAUGGUCCCUUCUGGAUAUGUGCCACACUGGCCUUUGUCUUGGCCAUCACCGGCAACCUGACCCUGGUGCUGGCCCAGAGGAGGGACCCGUCCAUCCACUACAGCCCCCAGUUCCACAAAGUGACCGUGGCCGGCAUCACCAUCUACUGCUACGCGUGGCUGGUGCCGCUGGCGCUGUGGGGCUUCCUGCGGUGGCGCAGGGGCGUCCGGGAGCGUGUGGGGCCUUAUACCUUCCUGGAGACUGUGUGCGUCUACGGCUACUCCCUCUUUGUCUUCAUCCCCACCGUGGUCCUGUGGCUGAUUCCUGUCCCAUGGCUGCAGUGGCUCUUCGGGGCCCUGGCCCUGGCCCUGUCAGCCGCUGGCCUGGUGUUCACCCUGUGGCCCGUGGUCCGUGAGGACACUAGGCUGGCGGCCACAGUGCUGCUCUCCACCGUGGUGCUGCUCCACGCCCUCCUGGCCAUGGGCUGUAAGUUUUACUUCUUCCAGCCGCUGCCUCUGGAGCACGUGGCGCCUCCCCACCAGGCCACGUCUCAGCCCCCAAACACCCUGCCACCCACGCUGCCAAGGUCCAUGGCAACCUAGGAUGGCUGGAGCCACAGGAGUUUCUCUCUUUCAGGCCCAACGUGAGGGGACGCCUCUGCCUGUCCUGCCCCCGAGAUGGUGAUUGAAGUCUCCCCUGAAACCUCAAGAUCAUCCUGCUACUUUCCAGACUUUUCUUACAAAGCAAACACUUUUAUUUUCUAUGCAAAGGUGAUUCAGAGAAUUUAUAUAAAGGCGGGAGAGGGGCAGCACAGGGAGCUUCCGGGGUGGCCAUCACCCCAUGGGCCGUCUGCCAGGGCGGGUGGCAAAGGGGCCACCCCAGCCUCGGCUGGGCCUGCUCUUUCCGGAGUUAGUGGGCCCUGGGCCUAGCCUGAGCUCCGCCACGUCCGAGUCUGGGGUGUUAGAAAUGGGGAGCGGAAGAAAAUUGCCUGUGCUGAAACAUA